ACACUGCCACCGCCCGGCUUUUCCCGCCUCCUCUGUCUUAUCGCCAUUCGUUCUCCACUCGCCAUUUGGAUCUUGUCGUAAAACUUUCCACUUAACUAAAAAGAUGUCUGCUACCGAGGGCAAGGUAAUCACAUGCAAGGCUGCAGUGGCGUGGGAGGCCAAGAAGCCGCUGGUCAUCGAGGACAUCGAGGUGGCGCCGCCCAAAGCGCAUGAGGUGCGCAUAAAGAUCACGGCCACAGGCGUCUGCCACACGGAUGCCUUCACCCUGAGCGGUGCUGAUCCGGAGGGCCUUUUCCCAGUGGUCCUGGGCCACGAGGGUGCCGGCAUCGUGGAGAGCGUUGGCGAGGGAGUGACCAACUUCAAGGCCGGCGACCAUGUCAUCGCCCUGUACAUCCCGCAGUGCAACGAGUGCAAGUUCUGCAAGAGCGGCAAGACGAAUCUUUGCCAAAAGAUCCGACUGACCCAGGGCGCUGGCGUCAUGCCCGAGGGCACCUCCCGUCUCAGCUGCAAGGGCCAGCAGCUGUUCCACUUCAUGGGUACCUCCACUUUUGCCGAGUACACGGUGGUGGCCGACAUUUCACUGACCAAGAUCAACGAGAAGGCGCCGCUGGAGAAGGUCUGCCUGCUGGGCUGCGGCAUCUCCACGGGCUAUGGAGCCGCCCUGAACACAGCCAAGGUGGAACCUGGCAGCACCUGCGCAGUUUGGGGCUUGGGAGCCGUAGGCUUGGCUGUGGGAUUGGGCUGCAAAAAGGCCGGCGCUGGCAAGAUCUAUGGCAUCGACAUCAAUCCCGACAAGUUUGAGUUGGCCAAGAAGUUCGGUUUCACCGACUUUGUCAACCCCAAGGAUGUGGCCGACAAGGGAGCCAUCCAGAACUACUUGAUUGACCUGACCGAUGGUGGUUUCGACUACACAUUCGAAUGCAUUGGCAAUGUGAACACCAUGCGAGCCGCUUUGGAGGCCACGCACAAGGGCUGGGGCACCUCGGUGGUCAUCGGAGUGGCCGGUGCCGGCCAGGAGAUCUCCACGCGACCCUUCCAGCUGGUCGUGGGUCGCGUGUGGAAGGGUUCCGCCUUCGGAGGCUGGCGCUCCGUUUCGGAUGUGCCCAAACUGGUGGAGGACUACCUGAAGAAGGAUCUGCUGGUGGACGAGUUCAUCACCCACGAGAUGCCGCUGGCGGAGAUCAACGAGGCGUUCGACCUGAUGCACAGGGGCGAGAGCAUUCGCUCCAUUAUCAAGUACUGAAGAUGAUUGUUUCUCUUUCACGUUUUUUUUAUACCACCAUGCGAUUGCUUAGAAUAAUAAACACCCAGUUUGUAUGUAA